AUGAAGAGCAAACGCGACCGACGAUCAAAUGUUUGCUUGCGCCACUUGUAUCUUCAAGUACAGUUCGUCGAGGAGUUGUUGACUGCCGCUGAGUGUUUUGCAAACCUCGGCCCCUCUGGCGGUCUCUUUAUUACAGAGUCUAUCUUGUUGUGUUUGGAGGUGAUCGAGUUGUCACUGCACGAGGUGAAGUACCGAGUCUCAGAAUAA